AUGUCAAGUUCGAGUUCAAGUUCAAGUUCAAGUUCCGCUUCUUCAGGUUCAGGUGGUGGUUGGUGGGACGUAGGUCUUUCAGGUGGUGUUGCUCGUGCUCGUACGCCAGCACCAGCCGCACCUUCGGCUAAUUCCAGUAUAACGAGUAAUGUAUUUUCCGCUAUUCGAGGAUUUUGGAAUUCUGGGUCACAAAUUAUUGAGAACGUGCGAACAAGAAUUGCGACUGCGCUGUCUCCAGUUACAUUGAUCACAUCAGCUUCAUCCGCCAUUAAUAGUGUUUCUAAUGUAGCUCCCUCAGUUAUAAAGACAGUUCAUACAGUUGUAGGAGGUAAACUAGAAACUUCUGCUCCAGCACCUACUCCUCCUCAACCAGCCCAACCGGCUGCACGGCCUGAACCAGUUACUCCUGCUCCCCCCACGAAGCCUACAAAACCAUGGGAUCGGCUUAUCCCUUUUGUUGCGUUGGCUCCUGCUACAGUUGCUAUUUCUAUUUUUUCCUACUUAAUCUGGAAGUAUUUUGCUCAACUGCGUAAGAUAAGACUCUACAGAAGAGCUCCUUUAAGAAUUCCCGGUCCAUCCGUACAGGAACAACUCCUUGAUCAUGUGGAAGAAGCUGGUCCACAUGAAUAUCAAUUGGUGAAGGAACGAAAACCUCCAUCUGUUCCAGCGAGAACAAAGCGUUCUGGUCGCGAUCCUGCUGAUGGUGGUCGCGUAAAUCGUCGAACGAUUAUUAAAAUUCAUUUUGAACUGGUGGACGAAUGUCAAAAAGGGAACACAAAAUUGACUCAGAAUGAUUUUCUGGAACUUUUGGUUCAAGAGUUUAUGGGAUCCGAAUUAAUGGAAGAAGAAGAACAGGUUUCUAAGGAAGAGGUUCUUAUGCAAGGGGUUCCUAUGGAAAGUGUUCCAAUGGAACGUGUUCCAAUUUUAGGUUCCGUGUUUAUGGUUUAG